UUCUGUGAAAUUUUAUGCUCUCUGUUGCUAGGAUCUGGAACUUUGGUUUGUGUUUGAAUCCAUUUGGUGGAGAGAUAAGAUUAGGAUUUUUGUGGGUUUUGGCACAUAAUGAUGCCAGGUCUUCCCAUGGAUGAAAUUAAAGAAGAGACUGUGAUGAAGGAAAUCAAAGGGAAUUUGGUUUCGAACAAGUCCCCGGCACGGAGUCUGCAAAGCCCUCGUGGCACGGAUUACCCUGGCAAUGGGAUGAUUCAGGUUGAGACCUCCAUUGAGGAGCUUUAUGAGAAUGUAUGUGAUAUGCAGAGUUCUGAUCAGUCGUAUUCAAGGCAGAGCUCUGGGUCGUAUGGGGAAGAGUCGAGGAUCGAUUCGGAAUUGCGUCAUCUUGUUGGAGGAGAGAUCAGGGAAAUUGAGAUAAUGCAAGAGGGGGAGGAGGAGGUGCAUAAACCAGAAGAUGACGCCCAUAGUAAUUCAUCUUCUAAGAAGGGAAUCACGUCGAGUGGUAAGAAGUCGAGGGGGCGGUUGGACAAGUCCCGAUCCAUGGGUGUAAGGUCCAUUUCUUCAGGUGAUGUGAAGAAAGUUUCUCGGUCACAAUUGAACUCCGAAGCAUCGAUAAAACCCAACGUUAAGGGGAAAACUCCACCCGAGAAACCUCCCAUCAAUAAGGGGAAAGUAAAGACCCUAAAGAAAACAAGCACGGGAGUCUUGCCUGUGAAGAAAGGGAAAGUGUCAAAGCUACAAAAUGGAACCGAGGAUGCUUCCGAGGCAGGGUUAGCUAAUCCUGAUCUCGGGCCGUUUCUACUCAAACAAGCUAGGGAUUUGGUGUCUUCAGGAGACAAUCUGCAGAAAGCUCUUGAAUUAGCUCUCCGAGCAGCAAAAUCGUUUGAACUUUGUGGCAGUGGAAAACCCAGUUUAGAACAGGUCAUGUGUUUACAUGUCACUGCAGCAAUAUAUUGUAGCCUAGGCCAAUACAAUGAGGCAAUUCCUCUUCUCGAGCAAUCGAUUGAGAUUCCUGUGAUUGAGGAAGGCCAAGAACAUGCCCUGGCUAAGUUUGCUGGUUUUAUGCAGUUGGGUGACACUUAUGCUAUGCUAGGACAGCUAGAGAACUCGCUAACUUGUUACAGAACUGGUUUAGAAGUCCAGAAGCAAGUUCUUGGAGAAACAGAUCCUAGAGUUGGAGAGACCUGCCGGUAUUUGGCUGAAGCUCAUAUGCAGGCAUUGCAAUUUGACGAAGCACAGAGGCUAUGUCAAACGGCUCUUGACAUUCACAGAGAGAACGGUAGGACGGCUUCUCUUGAAGAGGCAGCAGAUAGGAGGCUCAUGGGUCUUAUAUGCGAAACAAAGGGAGAUCAUGAAGCUGCUUUGGAGCAUCUUGUUUUAGCCCGUAUGGCCACGGUAGCAAAUGGCCAGGAGGCAGAUGUGGCUUCUGUUGAUUGCAGCAUUGGAGACGCGUAUUUAUCUUUGUCUCGAUACGAUGAAGCUGUUUUUACCUAUCAGAAAGCACUUACAGCUGUUAAGACAACUAAAGGAGAGAAUCAUCCGGUAGUUGGGUCAGUCUUUGUUCGGUUGGCUGAUUUGUAUUACAGGACAGGGAAAUUAAGGGAAUCAACAUCUUACUGUGAGAAUGCCCUUCGAAUUUAUGAAAAGCCAAUGCCAGGGAUUCCCCCGGAGGAGAUCGCAAGUGGCCUCAUUGAUGUUUCUGCCAUCUAUGAAUCGAUGAAUGACCUUGAUCAGGCAAUCAAGUUGCUGAAGAAGGCCUUAAAAAUAUACAAUGAUGAUCCUGGUCAGCAAAGCACAAUAGCUGGAAUCGAAGCCCAGAUGGGAGUAAUGUACUACAUGCUGGGUAAUUAUUCAGAAUCUUACAACACCUUAAAAAGCGCAAUUGCAAAGCUACGUGCAUGUAGAGACAGGAAAUCUUCCUUCUUCGGAAUCGCUCUCAAUCAAAUGGGGCUGGCUUGUGUGCAGCGCUAUGCUAUAAAAGAGGCCGUUGAGUUGUUUGAAGAAGCCAAAAGCAUUCUUGAGCAAGAGUGUGGACCGUACCACCCUGAUACACUCAGCGUAUAUAGUAAUCUCGCAGGCACCUAUGAUGCAAUUGGCAGGUUGGAUGAUGCCAUAAAAAUACUGGAGUACGUCGUUCAGACGAGAGAGGAAAAACUGGGGACUGCAAAUCCUGAGGUAUACGAUGAGAAGAAAAGGUUGGCCGAACUAUUGAAGGAAGCAGGAAGAGGCGAGAGCAGAAAAGGCAGAUCAUUAGAAACCCUUCUCGACGCCAACCCUCAUCUGAAUUCAAAAGCUGAAAGAUUCAUGGCAUGAAUACGACAAGCAUGAAUUCAUGUGAUCUAUGAUAUAAGAUGUAUUAUAGGCUCCAUUAAAGUGAGAAGAUAUGAAAGAGAAAGAACAGAAAGGUUGAGGGUGAAAAAAAGUGAAUUAUUUAUUGUAAUUUUUAUUUUGAUUAAAGGUUGCUUCUUUUGUGAUUAUUACUGGUGCAAGUAAAGAUUGUUUGCCGUUGAAAUCGGAUUUGAUUAAUAAAGCCAAUUCUUGCUUU